GAACCCAAACUUGAGCCAGGAAAAAAGAAGAUGAAACCUCCCUAAUUUCAGUAGAUACCGCCUCCCGAUGCCAUCGCAUUACGUGUGAGGGGACUUUUUAGAAGUCGAGGAGACGUUUAAAUCUCUUCUUGGCUGUUGAUUUACAGCGCAUCUCCAUCACACAAACAAGUUGUCUGACUAACAGAUUCAGAAGCGAAAACGUCUUUGGUAACCAGUUUCUGCACAUUUGGUGUAUUUGAGGUUCAUCAUGUUUGGUAUCUUACAAGGGAUGUUUGAUAGAGCGACAAAGAAGGUGGUCAAACAGAUAGAUCCUAAAGGCUCUCUGAUUGCGAAUUCCAGCCUGAAUGAUUCCAGAAAACUCCUACCGCUUGCAGUGGUGCUGAAAGUCCAAAAAGGGUGGUUCUGGCAGCAAACUAAAUACAGACCCACACAGUUCACUCUUAAUCACCUGCUGGAUGGGGAAGAAAUUAAACCAGUGUGCGAGGAGGAUGAGUUUGUGAAGUAUAAGGGAACACACAAAAGCACCAGGUCUGGAUCUGUAGAGUUGGGAGGUGCAGCUGUCAGCCUUAAUAUGAAUGGACAGGGCAUGUCACAACUUCAUUUAUCUCUCGGGAAACUUCAGAAGGAAUACGUGGAUAUUCCGACACUAGUAAAUGACUCCAAAGGAAGGAAAUUGGACCUCACGCACUCUUUGAUCCAGCAGUCCCAAAAGAGGAACAUAGGUUUUACAAUCCUUACAGAGCGAAUCUUCACCACCUGCGACUGCUCCAUCUCUAGUAAAGAACUGGAGAAGGGUAGCUUCCAUGCCAUGUUUGGAACGGGUUGUGUUGAGAUGUACAUGGAAGACACCGGCAAACUGCAGUAUGACUCUGAGACUGUACUACAAAUCCCACCGAACACCGUGAUGGCUUACAGUGUCAUUGAAAUGACCAUCGACAGUGACGGAUACUUUGUCUGCAUGAGACAUCACAGCGAUUUGUGGCUUGAGCCUUGUGGGCUAGAAGCAGACGACAUUUCCCAGAAUCCCUGUCCCAUUUUAUCAGUGGUGGAUGGUCAACAGCCACUGAUCCAAGAAGGUGUCCCACUUGACACCCUGAAAAAUGCACUUGCAGAUGUUCAGACUAGCUUUUGUGCACUGGCUAACUUGUCUGCUGAGACACACUCCUCCAUCCUGCUUCAGUUGAGGAAAAUUCUGUUGGACCGAUCUGUCUUGUCAGCUUUAGUGGAAAGAAUUGUUAUGUUAAGCAGUGAUGAUACUCCAUGCUUCUUAACCAAUGAGCUGUCUGAAAAGCAGAGCCAGAUUGAGACGUUUUUAGAUUUACUGAUGCGUGAACCACUUGACAAGAAUGGACUUUCCACAUCAGAUGAAUGUCAGAUAUCAACAGCUAAUCAGAGUGAUCUUUCCUUGGCAUCUGAGUUUAAUGGCUCAAGCCACAAACCAGAAGAAAAGAAUGGUUGUCACAACGCAGUAUCCAAUCAGAACGCAUGUUCAACAAAAGCAAGCAAGCAAAGCAUGGAGUUUAUGAAUGCCAUGCAAAUGCUGAUCAGCGCUCUUGAGGAGAUGACGGACGCUGGACUGAACCUUCUAGAACAGUUCUGCACUUCUGAAGGUCUCAGAAGUCUACAGGAUUUAGUAAUUCAUCUGACUUCUAACACGGACACCAUCCCUGUUUUCCUACAAAGUGAUGAUGAAUUCCACAGAGUGGAGGCACUUUUUAAGUCAUGUAAUGUUUUACUAAAGAAAGAGAAGGACACAUUAACCUCGGAAAUGACUUGCAGUGAGGGAUUCCUCCCUGUGGUACUGUGCAUUGCCAUCCAUGGCCUUGCUUCCCUAAGUGGUGCAUGACAUUGUUAAUGCUUUUUCUGAUGGCUAAAAUGGACAAUUAAAGUGUGAAGUGUGUAAUUUUGAAAUUUUACCAUUAGUAAUGAAGAAAUUAAACUUUGUGAAGACAUUUGCUUGCUUAUAUUUACCCACUUUGUUAAUUCCAUAAUAAUAAUAAUCCAAAAACAAAUAUAUCUCCAAUAAUGUGCUUUUAAUCACAGAUUUUAAAUAUUUAUGCAAAAAUAAUAUAUUUAUAUAUUUUCUAUUUUCUACUAACCCUAACCCUAAAUGUUAACCUUUUGUGUCAUUUUGUUACUGUAAAUAUUUGUGGCAUUUGAUUUGUGUCUCUCUCUAAAGAUAAAGAGCGCAUGUAAAUAUUUUCUCUAAAAGCUUCUAUUUGAUUGAAUCAUGCAGUUUCAUUAUUAAUAAACGCAAAAAAGGAACAAAGAG